GGCAUGCACAAAUUGCCAGCAAAAGCACACAAAAUGUUCUGGAGGAGCAACUUGUGAACGUUGUAUAUUACAUAAUCUUAAAUGUACUUUUAUUGAUUCAGGUUUAUCUUCUUAACGGUCUUGAAAAUGACUUUGAAGGAACAUCUAUGCUAUCCUCUGUAAUCCUUAAUCUCAUGCAAGGUCACACAUCAAUUCUAUCAUCACCAUCAGGAUAUCCACAACAACAACUGAAAAACAUUGACGAAUUUUCUUUUUAUUGUGACUCAUAUGAAGAACCAAAUAGUCACGCUUUUCAAGAAGCCAGUUCAUUUUCUUAUCAAACAUGUACCAAUACUGAAUACGUUAUGCAAAACAACAACCUUAUAGACAACACGUCUUAUAAUAAUACUAUCCUUUUAUAUGACAACCUAUUUUUUGAUAAUAACUAUAUGCUACUAUUCCAUUAUUAA